AUGCACAUUCUAUGUCUACACGGAGCCGGCUCGAACUCUCGAACAGCUGCCAUCCGGUAUGAACUCGGCGAUAACCACACCUACGACUUCAUCGAAGGCAACAUCCCUGCCGCAAUGCAGCCGGGUAAGCCUCACUCCCCCAUCCCUCUCCAGCACAAGCCUCCACAAGCAGGAACCAACGUGGUCGCAGGGAUCGAAGUCAUCGCGACCAAGGACGAGCCAAUGUACGCAUACUUCGACGAGAAGAACCCGGAGAGUGGAGGCGCCGUCUACAGACAUCUAGAGGAGCUGCUCUACCACGAAGGACCCUAUGACGGCGUCAUCGCGUUCAGCCAGGCAGGCACGUUGAUCCUGACCUACCUCGCGUAUCUCGCCAAACACAAGCCGCACUGCCCCCUGCCAUUCAAGUUCGCUAUCAUCCUCUCGAUCACCCACCCACCCCUAGACUACGAUGCCAUUCAGAGUGGGGAGAUCCGGCUGAUAGACCUCAGAGCCUACAGGGAUGCGGUUCGCAUUCCCACGGCGCACAUCUGGGGCGCGCGGGAUCUGGCGGCGAACGAGAUUGCGUUGACAAAUACCAUCUGCGCGGCGGGGGUGCGAUGGGUUGAAUGCAAGGUCCCGGGGGAAUCACGCAUUCACUCGUCGUACGGGUCUGAUUUCUUUUACCAAGAACGAUCUAGCAAUCAUCUAUCUGCUUUCCUCGCGGGAAUCCCGGUUGUCACUGCAACAUCAACCAGCAGCAGUCCCAGCGCAAUGGAUGUCAAUCACAAAACCCAUGGCUCGGUCCCCGAAUCGCACACCCUGCCAUCCUUGAGUGCCUCGUCGGCCGAAGAGCCGGACAAUGAGGCCUUUGGUCAGCCGAAGUACAUGCAUGGCCCUCGACUGUGGUUCGCUGGCGGCGGUAUUGCGCUGAGUUUGUUCCUCGCUACAGCUGAGAUCACAAUCAUUAGCACCUCGCUAGUCACCAUCAGCCGUCACCUGGACGCCAUUUUCAUUGCCUUCUCAGGCGGUUGCGCCGCUGCUCAGACCAUGAGUCAGCUUAUUGUCUGCCGCGCCUUCCAGGGCAUCGGAGGAUCAGGGGUCUUUACUUCGUGCCUUUUCGGCUUUAUCUGCCUUCUUCCUCCUGCCAAGUAUGACAUCGCCAGUGCGGCGGGGUCAGGUGUGCUGACGCUGGCGCUGAUCCUGGGUACAGUCAUCGGGGGUGGUAUCAGCAGCUCCGGCGCCUGGCGCUGGGUUUUCCUGUUCAAUGUUCCUGCCGGGGUAGUGGCCUGGGUGAUCAUCUGGAUCCUGGUCCCCAAAGACUUUGAACGUGCCCGAAAGGCCGAGAGGAGCCACGUGCAUGGGCCAUGGAGUUUCCUGACCAAGGCAGACACCGUUGGAUGCCUGCUGCUGCUCGCGUUCUCCGUCCUCUUCGUGGCCGCCUUCGAGGAAGCGAACAUCCGGUACGCGUGGUCGUCAGCCGCGAUCAUCAGUAUGCUAACGAUCUCGGGCGUGCUUCUGGCUGCGUUCAUCGCGUGGGAGUGGUCCGUGGCCAACCGCAAGUAUUGGGGCUUCGAGCCAAUCCUUCCUUGGGGCAUCCUCCGCAACCGAGUGUUGUUGGGAGCCAUACUUACGGCAAUCGGAGCCGGGGUGAAGGUCCUCGCCUUCGGCCUGGGCUCGCCUGUCGGCGCGGCGGUGUGUAGUCUCCUGGCCGGGCGAUUGCACACUCCCUUCGUGUAUCUCGCGGCGGCAGGGUCCGUGCUGCAGAUCGUGGGAGCCUUCCUCCUCUCCUCGAUUCCCCCCACUUUGGACAUCUGGCCGGGCCAGUACGGAUACAUGGUGAUCACGGGCAUGGGAACGGGGAUCUCCAUUGCGGCCCUGUACAUGUGUGUUCCGGUGGUGGUUACAAUGGAUCAAGUCCCGCUGACUAGCCCAACAGGAACUGCCAUGGGCCUGACGCUCCAAGCGCGCAUGAUCGGGGCCUCCCUCGGCGUGGCCAUUGUCAACAGCAUCCUGAUCGAUUACGUCAAGGGUCAUCUUCCGGCCACCGAGGCAGCAGCGGCGGAUCCGAACCUGCUCGCCGGGUUUCCGACGGCGACCCAGGAGGAGGUUCGCAAGGUCUACGCGGUGGGGUACAAUCGACAGAUGUACGCGGUUGGGGCGUUUGGAGCGGCGCAGUUGAUCGCUGUUGCCUUGAUGUGGAAGAGGAAGCAAGUCCGGUUUGUCAAGUGA